UUUUAUUUUGCAGUGACACAUUUGUUUGACAGAAACCAGAACUAUCACAUUGGUUCUGAUGAAUCCGAGCCUGUUUGGAAUGAACCACCUCCCCCCCCCCUCCCCCCCGCUGACCCAGCAGUGGUCUGAUCCGGGUCUCCCAGCACGUGCUGCUGUUUCGCCGGUGUUCCAGCGUGGGACAGCUGCUGCCGGCUUCACACUAACGAGCCAGAGCCGGUCCAAAGGCGGUUCCUCCGGAAACUCUCUCCAUAGACGCUGACGCGCCUCUGCGGACCGCUGUCCACGGCUCAAGAUUCCCGCUCUGGAGCAUCAUGAGCUCUAAGGUGUGUAAGAACUGCGGCAGCGCCGACAUCGAUGUGGACCAGGCGCGGGGCAACGCCGUCUGCAUGGGCUGCGGCUCUGUACUGGACGACAACAUUAUCGUGUCGGAGGUGGAGUUCGUGGAGACGGGAGGCGGGGGGUCGCUGGCUGUGGGGCAGUUUGUGUCCUCGGAUGGCGGUCAAAGACUCCCGUCGUUUGGGGACUCCUACUUCCCAGGGGGAGGCUCCCAGUCCCGAGCUCAGACGCUGCAGAGAGCCAAGCAGAACAUCAACACUUUGGGUCAUCAGCUGCAGAUGAACCAGCACUGUCUGGACACGGCCUUCAACUUCUACAAGAUGGCCCUCAACAAGCGCCUGACGAGUGGCCGCAAGUCCUCCUACGUCAUCGCUGCCUGCCUCUACCUGGUGUGCCGCACUGAAGGAACGCCGCACAUGCUGCUGGAUCUGAGCGACGUUUUACAGGUUAACGUCUACAUUCUGGGAAAGACUUUUCUCCAGCUGGCAAAAGAACUCUGCAUCAACGCUCCAGCCAUAGAUCCAUGUCUGUAUAUUCCACGAUUUGCCCAAAUGUUAGAAUUUGGUGAGAAGAAUCAUGAGGUCUCCAUGACGGCGCUGCGACUGGUGCAGAGGAUGAAGAGAGACUGGAUGCACACAGGAAGAAGGCCAUCAGGACUCUGUGGAGCAGCUCUGCUAGUAUCUGCUCACAUGCACGACUUCCACCGAACCAUUAAGGAGAUCGUCAGUGUUGUUAAAGUGUGUGAAAACACUCUCAGAAAGAGGCUGACAGAAUUCGAGGACACACCCACCAGUAAACUGACUGUAGAAGAAUUCAUGAGGAUAGAUCUGGAUGAAGAGUGCGACCCACCCUGCUACACCGCUGGACUCCAGAAGAUAAAAACCCAGCAGCUUGAGAGGGAGCUGAAGGAGAAAAUGCAAAUGGUUGAAGAUGAAAUAAAAGGGUAUCAGGAUGAAAUAGAUGCAGAGCUGGAGAGCCUGAGGCCCCAAUUAAAAGGAGUUUAUGCUGCUUAUGUUAAUAGAGACCUCAGCAGUGAAGACAUCCGCUCCGUGCUGUCUCAGCAAGAAGAUGUUCAGUCCGAUGAGGAGCUCAGGGCUGUUGCCAGGCACUUUGAUAAGGACCUCGAUACACUGACUGUGGAGGCUCUGAUCAAGUUGGAGCAGGAGACUCCGCAGGAGGAGAAUGAGUGUGGGAUGGAGGUACCAAAACGAGGAGGCCCGUCAUUGGCUUCCAUUCUGGGAACCAUGCCUUCAGCAGCGACCCUGGGCCUCCCGGAGUCCAUCAGCGAUUGCACUGGAGAGGAGAUGGAAAACGAUGGCGCUGCUGACAGCGGGGAGCUGGACCUGAGCGGGAUAGAUGACAGCGAGAUCGAACUGUACCUGCUGAGUGAGAGUGAAAUCAAAAUCAAGACGGCGCUCUGGAUGGCGGAAAACUCCGACUACCUCAAAGAGCAGAAAGAAAAGGAAGCAAAGAUAGCGAAGGAGAAGGAGCUGGGGACCUACAAAGAAAAGCCAAAAAGCUCAGGAAAGAGACGCUCCCAAAUCCGAGCGAGCACGGCUGACGAGGCCAUCGGGAAAAUGCUCGAGCAGAAGCGGCUCUCCACCAAGAUCAACUAUGACGUGUUGAAGGAUCUGAACAUCAAGCCCAGCACCAGCCCAGCAUCCAAAGCCGAGUCUGCAAAGAGUGAGUCGUCUGGCUCCAAGUUGAGCCGACGCAGCACCAAACCAUCUCAGACUCCCAUGGGCCUCAGCGUUCCGCUCAGCAUUCUGGGAAAAAGAUUGCAACCCUUCGUCAGCAGGCAUCCUAACAAGAAGCAGGCAGUGGAGAACCGGUCUGCUCAGUCUUCUCAGGAAUCUACCUUCAGCCCGCUGCCAGCGCCAGCUGCAGCCUCAGCCAGUGAGGUGGUGGUGGAGAGCGGACCAGUCAUCUACAAUGAUGCGGCUGAUGAGGAGGAGGAUGAAGAGGAGGACGCCUGUGUCAGCGCCAUGGAGCUCCUGGGGGGCAACGAUUAUGGCUGUGAUGGAGACUACGACGAUGGCUUCUAGCAGCUCCUGCUUCAACAACUACACCCUCUGUUUUUAUCAGACGCUCGGUGUGCAGGGGUUUGAAACCUUUCUGCACAGAAAAUCCUUGGCUGUUUUUCUGCCGUGAGCUAUAAAAAGCUGGAUGCAGGUUUGGUACCGUCAGUGGUGUGCCGAUGGUUGAUGUCGCCAGCACCCAGAGGUUCAGUUUACUGGGCUGAUAAAACUGGUGGUCACUGCAAAAUAUUGCAUGAUUUGCCACUUCUCAAAAACUUUCUCUGUAAGAAGUCAAACUUAUUUAGCUCCAGAUUUAAAAAUACAUGGCUUUAUAAUUUUGCAUCCACUAUUUUUUUCAAUUGUUUAUUUAUAAGUUAUUAAACUUCCUGCAGGAAUUAGCAGUGUUCUUUACAAUUUCUGAUCAAUUAAUUGAAAACAUCUGAAAAUUAAGUAUAGUGAAUAUUAUUGAAACUGUUUUAUUUUUCAUUUGGACGGCUGGUUUUCCCACCUCUAAUGUGAGUCUUGAAAAUGAUUUUGGUUUGCUGUUUCAGUGUUUCAGUGUAGGCUCACAGUGACUUCAGGGAUGUCGUGCAGAAAGUGCAGCAUUGUAUUCCUCAGUUGAGCACAGGAGUUCAGAAAGUUUGUUAUUUGAUAUCUUUGUUGAGAACAUUAGUGUUCCUUGAGGACACGGAUCAUGAGGAGUUCUGAAUGAUGUUUGCCGAGUUUGCUGCUGUCCCUGUCAGGGUGGAACCCCUGCUUGAUCAUGUGUGCCUCUGCUGCUGGAGUAAAGACUGUCUGAACGCACAGAAACCUUGUGUAGUUGGCUUUUAUUUAAGUCAUUGAUCAGAUCGAUGGGAUCUGUUGAGACUGUAUGUCUCUGGAACAGUUUCUCAAACGUGAACUUCUGUCACUUCAGCCUGAACCGAGUCUGCAUUUGCACUCAGCACUGCUCUUAAAACAGAAAAGACGACUUAAGAGAAAGAGAACAUCAACAUGAACCCUACCAACCUAUCCAUCCACUGAAACGAUCACCUAUCAAGUAAAGACCACGCCCCUUUGCCCCAGAUGUCCAGAUUACCUGAAGGUCAAAAUAAAAUGACAGAUGGGUUCAAGACAAUUCCUCCAGGUACAAUCGGCAUGAACAUCACAUCCUCCCACAGUGGUGAACACCUGGAACUAGUGUGUGUUUACUUUUGUUACAAAGUUAUGUAGUUUUACACUGGGGUUGAUGCCUCAUUUUUCUACCAAACCACUUAAAGGUCACCAGGUGAACUGACCUGGACCCAGCUUUACAUACUCAUCAUGGCUGGCCACGUUAGCCUAAUGUAUUACUCAAUUCAUGCUGAUAAUUAUUCUAGCGUCCUUUUGUGUGUUUUUGUUUUAAACUAUAAUUAAAUAAAGUCUGUCACUCACUGUGUCUGAAGACUGAACCAAA